UUUCAGUUUAUUCAUAGUGAAAGAAAUAAAUUAUCAGUUUGUGUGGAAGGAUAUCGAGAAAAAGAUCAAACUGAAUUAGCACUUCGGAAUUGGCGCAGCACGACGAUAAAGGACAGAAUUAAUUCUCAAAUUUUAAUUUCCAGCAAUGGAAAAGUGUAUAAUUUACGUGGGGUGCUUGAUCAGGAUGCUGCACACGCACUCGGCUAUCCAACAACAUUAGUUGAGCGCUUCAAAAAUGGCUUUCCACAUGAUUGGCAGAUACUAUUGUCUGCUUUUCAAAGAAAUUUAUCAAAACAUAGAGAUACGAAUUCAACGCAGGGACUGAAUUCUGGAUUAUUUGGCACGAUAUUUCCUGAUAUCAGCAAGUUUUUCCAUGUAUAUGGACGUCAAAAGUCAACUUUUGCUGCAAACAAGAAUGAAACGCGGUCGCAAUCAAUGUUUGCUCUGUCAUACGAGAAAUAUGAAGGUGGAGAAUCCAUGCAUGACAAGGAUGCUAGCCGUAAGCUAUCAUCCUAUAGAUCUUCGAAGAAAUCAGUCGAUCUUACUUUCACAUCUCCAGAAACUUUGGAAUCAUUAAAAAAUCGUGAUAAGAAGAAACAAAUCGUUAAAUCUGGUUUCGAAUAUCAAUCAGUAUCUGAUUCUAAUAAACCUUCGGAUGUAUCUGAAGCCAAAAUGCUUGGAAGACAUGAUAUACAUGAAGAGAAGUCAGAUGAAACCACUUUAUUUAAGAUGCCACUCCUUCCUCUGCAGAAACGCCUGAAGCCAAUAUCUUUGUAUAAUUGGACACUUCGAUUUUCUGCUUAUGAUUUGGGUCAUUCAAAACUCUUCACAAAUUUUGCUUUUGUCAUUGUCGGCUUUCGACCAGACAGGGAUUUGGACUGGACGACAUCACCUGUAAUUGCAGUGAAGGGGAAUCGUUUGUUACAUACUGAAACAGGAGUAUAUGAAGUUAUUGGGCCCAUAAAUACCUUACUCGCCGCACAUCAAGGCUUUCCAAAAGAAUUCGUGUCUCAGUUUUUAAGUGGAUUUCCUGAAGAUUGGCACAACAUAUUAUCAUCAUUUUUUAGCACAUACAUAGAACCUCAGUUACCCCCAAAGCAAUCAUUAACUAUAUCUGAAAUUCAUGAAGAUGAUAUUGAAAAUUCGAUCCAUCAAAACCAAAGGGCUAUAUGUUCUGUGUCGAAUCAAAACAGCAACUUUUGUAAAAAAAUUACAUCAGAAGAAAAGCAAAAUCAUAAGCAGAACAAAUUGAUGUUAUAUAUUUAUUUAGAACUUUCAUUGCUGAUAACUACUAGAAGCGGUCGCUUUGUCAAACCGCGUAUGGAAACUUGGAGUGGAGAGCGGCUUGUGUACAAUAUUCGUGGUUCUCCUAUCAGAAAAAUACAAAGAGUUUCAUCGAAUUCAUUGCAUACUCCAAAUGUAGGUUCCUUGUUGUCUAGUCUGGAACAAAAUAUUCGGAAGAGAAAUAAAAGGAAUUCUUCUUCCGGAAAAACUAAAAAGGCGCUUGUUGCGUAUGGAGAUAGCGAAACUUCCACUUAUAGUGAAGAUAGUGAUAACAAUAAAGUUUUGGAACGUUAUUCGGCCCCUAAGCGAUCACCACAUACCCCCAUUAGAAAAGAACCCUUGUCACGUACAAAUGUGACGAUGCAGUCUUCCACUAGUACAGACAUCGCGAUGUCUUCACAACGCACACGUAUCACAAGGAAUUCAUCUACUUGUACUCCUGUCACGAAAGAAUUAACACCUCGUGCACCUGCAACAGAGCAGUUACCGCCACUUACACCUGUAACACCCCUCUAUGGGAAACGUGGCCGCCGCCCUUUGCGGUUGAUUGAGUCUUCACCUGAAAAAGUAAAAGAGCAAACAAAAAAACGCAAAGGAAAUAAGCGGCAACUUAAUAGGAACCAAAAAAAAGUGUCGGGAAAACAAUCUAAAUUAAUAGAUGAUAAAGAUUUCGAUUGUGCAAACGUGAAAGCAAAAUGUAAUAAAAAAGAAAUAACGAAAGAAACGGUACCAACUGUGUCGUUUAGCGAUGUUGAAUCAGAUAAGAGUGGGGAAGGAAAUAGAAAUGCUAGCAAUACGACUUGUGAUUUAAAACAGGCGAUAGAUUCAACACCAAAAAUUUGGACUAUUAAAGAUAAUACCAGAUUAAAAAUUGCGGUACAUUCUUUACAUCCGCAGGAUAUCGAGGAUUGGGAAAAGGUUGCGAAAGUUAUGCGAGCACGUACAGCAGAAGAGUGUCGCAUACAAGCGAUGAAUAUCUUGAAAAUAAAUAUUACUCCUGUUAAAAAAAAUAGGCCGGAAGUAUCAGCUAAUGUAGUGGAAGCACUUAGGAAAGCUAAAUCGGGUACACUUGAAUAUAAGAUUCAAGCAGACCGAUUCAAUCGUCAAUUUAUUCAAAGUGGUGAUACAUCAGAUUUUUUCAACGACAGCCUGGAGGCUGGGCCAAGCAACGUGGGCAUAACUGUUAGUUUUUAUAACUCUCUCAACAAAAAUGAGAAAAUCCACCAGUUUUUUACACUUCAGAUGCCUUCGGUAACAAUUUUUGACUCUGAUGAUUCUUUGCUGUCUGUUUUGCGUACACCAACUCCAAAACCAGUGCGACGAAAUGCUCAGUAUAAGAAGUUAAUUCGUAUUUCUGAAUCACCAAGCUCUUUCUCAUCAGAGAAAAUGCCGGUUGAAUCUGAUCAGCCACUACGACUUAACAUGAAUAAUGAAGUUCAUAGAAGACAACAAAUACGUUAUGUCCACAGAAUAAUGAAAGCUAAUAAUCAAUACAAUAGAAGCCGUCGUAAUAAUACAAAACCACCUAUUCGAAAAGAAUAUCAAUUAGAUUUGCCAGAAAUCAGACGCAAACAGAACGAUAGUGACAAAGAAUCCGAAGACGAAUAUUUUGAAGAGAAUUAA